AUGUCUAUACCAUCGAGUUCUUGGGCAAUGGAAUGGGAUGUGUUGAUGACAGUUCGGUUAUCGGACCUGCAGACCGACACGAUACUUGGUACCGGGUCGCCGACGCAACGCGCGAACCUCUUGGAACACCUAGAACUUGAGCGUCGUGCUCUUCUCGAUGUGAUCAACGAUGUAACGCAUCUCCGCAACGCAUGCGCGCCCAUCAACGUCCUUCCCCCGGAGUUGCUCAUUCACAUCUUUGCACUCGUUACAAGCAGCAACCCCACUACAUGGCGCGUUCAAGGCGCGCAUGACGAGAUACACGAGCAACGACUGGGUGGGGGAAACGUGGUCUCGCGUCAACCGAUAACGGUCUUGACCGACAAGACGUCAUUCUACGCCAAAGAGUCUCCUUCAAGGAUCCCAUUUCCUCACAUUCUUCCGUGUCUGCGAGAACUGUCACUGAUCAGCCUAACGGGCCUCUACUUGGACGAGACAAUGGACCUUCUCAACCGGACUCCUCUGGUCGAGAUCCUUGUUAUAAGAAGCUGCUCCUGGGCCGAUGCUUCGCCCACUCAGCUAUCCACGCCGGUCAUAAACUUGAGCAAACUUAGAGCGCUCUCGCUUGCCACUUCAUAUUCCAAAUCCCCUGAUGGAAGCUACGACAAUACAUCUUUGAGAAACAUCUAUCCAUCUCUGCGCUUUCCGAAGCGCGUCGUCAUCUCCCUAUCCCCGAAAUUCACCAUGGAAGAGGCGUUGAGUGCCAGUGGCAUCAAUCUAUUGAGGGAGCUAUUCGAGCGUGCCCUUGGAGAUUUUGAUUUUUCUGCACAUGCGAUAGGUAUUCACGUGAGCGACGACUCGGCGGGUAAAGAGCUGUCUUUCGCGAUCCUGCCCACAGAUCGCCAGAUGCCUACGGGCCAUCCCCUCAUGGAAAGAUACGCUGUCCGACGCGCGAAGAUCGAUGUCCACAACUUCCCCCUCGAUGUCGUUUUCAACGAUCCUGGCAUCGCACACUUUGUGAAGGCCACCACCAUGUUGGCGAUUGAUGCCAAUUCCAAAGCACGCAGUCCCGAAGAUCGCUUUCUAUUGCACUCGACGCUCUUCCGAGCCUUUCCUGGACUCCAAGCACUACAGGUGUUAGCACCUCCGCGCCUGCUCGGGUGCGCACUGGUAUGGGAGUUUUUAUCCCGCCUCGUCCCCGAUGUGGCGAGACGUUUCCCACAAAUGGAGGAACUCCAUCUAUCGUUCGCGAUGUCGCUGAACUUCAAGCGGCAGGUCGUGCAGCUCUUGGAGGACAGAGCUGAAAUUUCCUCAGGUGCGAUCAAGAUCUUGUACAUGGCUGAUCCCAGGCCACCGGAGGAGGGCGAGGAGGGCGCUGUGGCGGCCGCGCUCGAGAGUCUGAUCCCGCGCGUCGUCUGGAAUCAUACGCGGCAGCGUCAACGGAGAGUGUCUUAA